AUGGGAAGAAAACCCAGACCUCCGAGGCAUCUCCUCAGUGCAGGAGAUGCCCCGUGGGGAACUUUUGCAGUAAUUGAUCCGUUUAGCAGAAUGCUCUUUGUUCCACAGUCUUCUAUGUGUGAUACGCUCGCAAUUCACAGGCCUGGGGUACCGUCUCUGUGCCGUCUUCACAUGGAAGGCCGCUGCCGUCAAGGAAACGCUUGUCAUCAGGCACACGCUGAAGUCAGUGUUGUCGGGCAGCUCCGCGAGGCUGCACUACAGGAACCGACGUGCUGUACCUAUCAUGGCGCAAGAAGUGACGCAGAGGGUGCUGCGGCUAACCUGGAAGUUGUUGUAGUUGGGGGCGAGGACGUCGGGGAACUCCUUAAAACAACGUCAGCGCACCUGACCAUGACCAAAGGAUUCCGAUUACUCGUACAGAAGCGGGUUGCAGAGGGCGAAACGAAUAACCCAACGUCCGUCUUGGUGCCAGUGGACUCGCUUUGUCGUCUGCAUUCUUCGAGUCCAUGCUGUCGUUUUGGUCACGAAUGCAAUUAUGUCCACUUAUGCCGAGAGCUUGUCAAGCAAGUAAAUGGGCGUAAAAAGGAGCCGAAAGACGAGUGCAAAAGCAAAGAAGAGGCGUUGCAAACAACACAACCAUCCCCCGUGGGGGUCUUUGCCACCUGCUGCUCACCCCCGCGUUCCAACACCAAACUUGUGACACUGACGGCGGAAGCGGAUAUUUCUAUGGGUAUAAGUCCACUGCAGCUUCUUUCCAGUAGUGGGAAUUUUUUUUGUCGGCCGCCGGCAACUGAAAUGGUGUCACUUUCAUGUUCCCCUAAAAUGGGUGCAUCACCCGCAAUGUCCCGUUCCUACAACUCAACAUCUCUUGGCAUUGUAUGGCGUCACAAUCCGUACGGAGGGGGCUCUUCGGCAUCUUCUGUUCUCGAGACGUGA